CAAAAGCCAUCCCUGAAUGGGCAAGGCGUGGAUUCGCGGCUGAGCCAGCCCCUUGCUAGCAGGGCGGGUGUGAAGGCCAGUCUGUCAGCGGCAGAUCCUGCUGAGAAAGUGAUAGUCUGGGAGUCGCUGCAGGUAAAAGCUCGCUCGUUCCGGCACCGGGGAAGCCACAGUUGCGCGCAAGGGAAAGGUGGCAAAAAGAUGAAGAGCUGGCACCCGUCUAAUGGAUUAAAUCUCUCCCCUGGAAAUAACUGCUGAGCCAAAGAACUUACCUCGGAAAAUAUCCGUUUGGUUUUUCCCUUGGUCUUUAUACAAACUCUGGAGGUUUAACAAUUGGAAGACGUGGGUGGCUGAGACAAGACGAAGUUGGGUCCCCCCCCCCACGCAAUAAUUUUGGUUUUUACCUGCGAGGGAAAUCUUUAUUGCGGGAGGAGUUAAAAUAUACAGGGGAGCAGGUGCUGGGUCCGCCGCUGUGGCAGCCUGUGCCGGACGGGAGAGGAUUGGAAGGGAGGUGCCUUGUUUAAAGCAUGUGCCUACUGCCUGGGAACUCCGGCUCCUCUUGCCAGGUGUAAGUGCAUAUAUAACACUGGAUGUAUAAAUAAAUCUCAUCAGGCCGGGAGAACACCCCACUUUGAAAUAUGGUGCCUUGCUCAUGCUUGUCCCUGUUGAUAUUGUCGGCAAUAGUGCUUUGCUGCUCAAUCACGUUGACACAAGCAGACAAUGAGCCAGUCUUUGUCAGGAAGCCCGAUGACCAGAUUGGAAUAUCAGGUGGUGUUGCGUCUUUUGUGUGCCAAGCGACAGCAGACCCCAAGCCACGGAUUACCUGGAUGAAGAAGGGGAAGAAAGUCAGUUCCCAGCGCUUUGAGGUAAUAGAGUUUGACGAUGGAUCGGGAUCUGUCCUUCGAAUUCAACCUCUCCGUGUACACAGAGACGAAGCAAUAUACGAGUGCACUGCAACCAACAGCGUUGGUGAGAUCAACAGCAGUGCUAAGCUAACAGUACUAGAAGAGGAGCAGCUUCCCCAUGGAUUUCCUGUCAUUGACAUGGGGCCUCAACUAAAAGUCGUGGAAAAAACUCGCACAGCAACCAUGCUUUGUGCAGCCAGUGGCAAUCCUGAUCCAGAAAUAACCUGGUUCAAGGAUUUUCUUCCUGUAGACACGGCAUCAAGUAAUGGUCGAAUUAAGCAGCUCCGUUCAGGUGGUACACCAAUCAGAGGUGCCUUGCAGAUAGAAAACAGCGAGGAAUCUGAUCAGGGCAAAUAUGAAUGUGUUGCAACCAACAGUGCAGGGACACGUUACUCAGCUCCUGCUAACCUCUAUGUUCGUGUCCGUCGAGUGGCACCAAGAUUUUCUAUCCCUCCCAGUAACCAUGAAGUGAUGCCUGGGGGCAGUGUUAAUUUAACAUGUGUAGCAGUGGGGGCCCCUAUGCCCUAUGUCAAAUGGAUGGCUGGCCUUGAGGAACUCACCAAAGAAGAUGAAAUGCCUGUGGGCCGCAAUGUUUUAGAACUGACCAAUAUCAAAGAGUCUGCCAAUUACACCUGUGUUGCGAUCUCCUCAUUAGGCAUGAUUGAAGCAGUUGCACAGAUCACUGUGAAAGCAUUGCCAAAACCGCCUUUGGAUGGUACAGUAACAGAGACUACAGCCACUAGUGUCACCCUAACUUGGGAUUCUGGCAACCCAGACCCAGUCUCUUAUUAUGUGAUUCAGUAUAAACCCAAAGCUUCAGAAAGCUCAUUUCAAGAAGUUGAUGGAGUGGCAACAACUCGGUACAGUAUUGGGGGACUGAGCCCCUUCUCAGAGUAUGAAUUUCGCAUCAUUGCCGUAAACAAUAUUGGCCGAGGACCUCCAAGUGAAGUGAUAGAGGCUCAGACAGGGGAACAGGCACCCUCAAGCCCACCUUUGAAGGUCCAAGCUCGUAUGUUAAGUGCCAGUACUAUGCUAGUUCAGUGGGACCUACCAGAAGAACCAAAUGGCCAGAUAAGAGGUUUCCGGGUUUAUUACACUACUGAUCCACACUUGCCUUUUAGUAUGUGGCAAAAACACAAUGUUGUUGACAACCACUUGACAACAAUAGGAGGUCUGACCACAGGAACCACUUACAGCAUUCGUGUUCUUGCCUUCACAUCUGUCGGGGAUGGACCGCCUUCUGACAUAAUUCAGGUCAAAACACAGCAGGGAGUUCCUGCGCAGCCUGUUGAUUUCCAGGCAGAAGCUGAGACUGACACACGCAUAUUGCUCACGUGGCUUCUCCCACCACAAGAACGCAUUACCAAAUAUGAGCUGCUUUACUGGGAAGGAACAGAUGGAGAACAGCAAAAGCUUAUGUUUCACCCUACCUCCUCUUAUGCUGUGGAGGGUCUGAAACCGGACACACUUUAUCAUUUCCGAUUAGCUGCGUGGUCUGACACUGGAGUUGGUGUUUACACCCCAGCAAUUCAAGCUAGAACUGCACAAUCUACACCCUCAGCCCCGCCACAGGAUGUGGAGUGCUCGAGUCUUAGCUCCACUGCCAUCCGGGUAAGUUGGGUGGCCCCUCCAGCUUCCAGCCGCAACGGGGCCCUGACCCGCUACUCACUUGCCUACCAAGCCCUGGCUGGGGAGGACACAUCCCGGCAUGUUGUGGACAGCAUCUCACCAGAUAUCUCCAGCUGGGAGAUCAAGGAUCUGGAGAAAUGGACUGAGUACAAAGUAUGGGUGCGAGCUCAUACAGAUGUAGGGGCUGGGCCUGAAAGCUCCCCCAUCAUUGUGCGGACAGAUGAGGAUGUGCCGAGUGCACCACCAAGAAAGGUUGAAGUAGACUCUGUAAACUCCACAUCUGUUCGUGUGACAUGGAAGUCUCCUCUACCAACCAAGCAAAAUGGGCAAAUUAGGGGGUAUCAAGUCACUUAUGUUCGUCUAGAAGGUGGAGAGCCUCGGGGGAAUCCCAUCAUAAAAGAUGUUAUGCUGUCAGAGGCUCAAUGGAGACCUGAGGAUGUGGGAGAUUACGAUGCUGUUAUCACUGGCCUCUCUCCUGAGACCACUUAUUCCAUCACUGUGGCCGCCUACACUACUAAGGGAGAUGGUGCUAGAAGCAAACCCAAGGUCGUUAGCACCACAGGAGCUGUGCCUGGUAAACCCACUAUGAUGAUCAGCACCACAGCACUGAACACUGCUCUGAUCCAGUGGCAUCCUCCAAGAGAGAUUGUGGGAGAGUUGUUAGGAUAUCGUUUGCAGUACAAGCGAGUGGAUGAAGACAGGUUUAUUACAAUUGAUUUUAGCAAGAAUGAACAUCACCACACAGUGACUGGGCUACAUAAAGGUGCAAGCUAUAUAUUCAAGCUUUCUGCAAAAAACCGAGCUGGAGCAGGGGAGGAAUAUGAAAAGGAAAUUUCCACAGCUGAAGAUUUUCCUAGUGGGUUUCCCCAAAAUCUGCAAGUAGUUGGACUUACAACCUCUACUACAGAAGUGUCCUGGGAACCACCAGUGUUGUCUGAGCGCAAUGGAAAGAUCACCAACUACACAGUGGUGUAUCGGGACAUAAAUAGCCAGCAGGAUCUCACCAAUGUCACUCGCGACACACACAUAACAUUGGUCAAUCUCAAGCCAGACACCACAUAUGACAUCAAGGUCAGGGCAAGAACAAACAAAGGCGCUGGCCCUCUAAGUCCUAGCAUUCAAUCACGUACAAUGCCUGUUGACCAAGUGUUUGCUAAGAAUUUCAGAGUAAACGCCGUGACAAAAACCUCAGUCUUGCUAAGCUGGGAGCUGCCUGAUUCUUACAAAUCAGCUGUGCCUUUCAAGAUCUUUUACAAUAAUCAACAUGUAGAAGUUGAUGGACACUCUAUGCGCAAACUGAUCAGUAAUCUCAAGCCAGAUACAGAAUACUCCUUUGUGCUGAUGAACAGGGGGAGCAGUGCAGGUGGACUGCAGCACCGCGUGUCCAUUCGCACAGCACCAGAUGUUUUAAAAAGCAAGCCUUUUGCUGCCAACAAAUACAUGGAGGAGGGCAGGUUCACCUUGCUGUUGCCUCAGGUUCAGACUACUUCCCCAGUAAGGUGGUAUUAUAUUGUGGUUGUCCCACUGGACAGUUCCAGCGGGGGUCUGAAUUCUCGCUGGCAGAGCCCUGAGGAAAUGGAGCUAGAGCAGAUACUUGAAGCAAUAAACCAGGGAUCCCGUCGUCAUAGAAGACAGGCAAGCAAGAAUAAGCCAUACAUUGCAGCCCGAGUAAACACACUUCCAGAAUCCUUUAUUUUGGGUGACAAUAAAGAAUAUAAUGGGUUCAUCAACAAGCCACUGAAUCAGAAUUUACGCUACACCUGCUUUGUGCUAGCUGCACUAGAAGAUGGGGACACUAAAAAGUAUGCAGCCAGCCCAUACUCAGAUGAUAUUGUGGUGGAGGUGAUCUCACAGGCAAAACAACAGGAAGAGCCAGAAAUGCUUUGGGUCAUGGGUCCUGUUCUGGCUGUAAUUCUUAUAAUAAUUAUAGUUAUUGCCAUUCUACUUUUCAAAAGUAAACAGGAAAGGAAAAGGACCAACUCUCCUUCAGGCAAAGAUGAACAGUCAGUAGGACUUAAAGACUGUCUCCUCGCUCACUCCUCAGAUCCAGUUGAAAUGAGGCGUCUAAACUACCAAACUCCAGGUUCCAGUGUCCCCAGUUACCCGAAUAUCUCAAGUAUGAGAGACCACCCUCCUAUUCCAAUCUCUGACCUGGCAGACAACAUUGAAAGACUGAAGGCUAAUGAUGGACUCAAGUUCUCUCAGGAAUAUGAGUCUAUUGAUCCAGGUCAGCAAUUCACGUGGGAAAAUUCAAAUCUAGAAGUAAACAAACCAAAGAAUCGCUAUGCAAAUGUCAUUGCAUAUGACCAUUCAAGGGUCAUUCUUACCUCAGUGGAUGGAGUUCCCGGAAGUGAUUACAUUAAUGCCAAUUACAUAGAUGGGUACAGGAAACAGAAUGCCUAUAUAGCUACGCAGGGCCCACUGCCAGAGACUAUCACUGAUUUCUGGAGAAUGGUGUGGGAGCAAAGAACCGCCACUAUUGUCAUGAUGACCCGGCUAGAGGAAAAAUCAAGGGUGAAAUGUGACCAGUACUGGCCCGGUCGUGGCUCAGAGACCUAUGGUAUGAUCCAAGUCACAUUAAUGGACACAGUAGAGCUUGCCACCUACACAGUUAGGACUUUCACACUUUAUAAGAAUGGCUCCAGUGAGAAGCGGGAUGUCAGACAGUUCCAAUUUAUGGCCUGGCCUGAUCACGGGGUCCCUGAAUAUCCUACUCCUAUUCUUGGAUUCCUUCGCAGAGUGAAAGGCUGUAAUCCACCUGAUGCUGGUCCUAUGGUUGUUCAUUGCAGUGCUGGCGUGGGCAGAACAGGAUGCUUUAUUGUUAUUGAUGCCAUGCUAGAACGGGUGAAACUGGAGAAAACUGUGGAUAUUUAUGGUCAUGUGACCUGCAUGCGCUCCCAACGAAAUUAUAUGGUGCAAACAGAGGACCAGUACAUCUUUAUCCAUGAGGCUUUGCUUGAAGCAGUAAUGUGCGGGAUCACUGAAGUGCCAGCACGCAGUCUGUAUGCACAUAUCCAGAAACUGUCUCAGGUCCCUCCGGGUGAGAGUGUUACCUCCAUGGAACUAGAGUUCAAGCUUUUGGCCAACUCUAAAGCCCACACCUCACGAUUUAUCAGUGCCAACCUCCCAUGCAACAAGUUCAAAAACAGACUGGUAAACAUCAUGCCAUAUGAACUGAGUCGUGUCUCCCUGCAGCCCAUUCGUGGUGUUGAGGGAUCAGAUUAUAUCAAUGCAAGUUUCAUUGAUGGCUACAGGCAGCAGAAAGGCUACAUUGCUACUCAGGGUCCAUUGGCCGAGACCACUGAGGAUUUCUGGAGAAUGCUGUGGGAACAUAACUCCACCAUUGUGGUGAUGCUGACAAAGUUGCGAGAAAUGGGGAGGGAGAAGUGCCAUCAGUACUGGCCUGCAGAGCGCUCAGCACGGUACCAGUAUUUUGUGGUGGACCCUAUGGCUGAGUAUAACAUGCCUCAGUAUAUCCUGCGUGAGUUCAAAGUGACAGAUGCACGGGAUGGCCAAUCUCGUACAAUUAGACAAUUCCAGUUCACUGAUUGGCCUGAACAAGGAGUGCCAAAAACAGGUGAAGGCUUUAUUGACUUCAUUGGGCAGGUGCACAAAACCAAGGAGCAGUUUGGGCAGGAUGGGCCAAUCACCGUUCACUGCAGCGCUGGCGUGGGCCGCACUGGAGUAUUCAUCACUCUCAGUAUUGUACUGGAGCGUAUGAGGUACGAGGGUGUGGUUGACAUGUUUCAAACAGUGAAGACUUUAAGAACACAGCGGCCAGCAAUGGUACAAACAGAGGACCAGUAUCAACUGUGCUAUAGAGCCGCACUGGAGUAUCUGGGCAGCUUUGACCACUAUGCAACAUAAGUACCACUCACCCUUUUGACAGAGCUGGGACUAGAGCAGCAGGAGAUCACUGCAUCCAAGCUCCACCCUUGUGCCAGGUCUUUCUCCUGUACUUGCUGUUCCCGUCUCACAGAUUAACACAAGAUAAUGCAAAGCUUUGCAAGACUUGCUUGGAAUUUCAGCACAACUCAUUCCCUUCUCCUCCUUCAUUCAGGUCUCUGGUCCUUUUUAUGGCACACAGGAAUAUAUUAAAGAAAUUUUUAUUUUAUAUUAUUUUUAAUCAGUUUUUUAAAGCUUUUUUGAGUUUAGUAUUUUUUGUUAAAUUUGUUAAACAAGUUCUAUGUACUUGGCUAGCAUUCCUCUUAGGGCAGCUCAGCUCUAUGUGUGUGUUUUUAUAUGUAUGGAAGUAUAUAUAUGCACACACUUUUUGUCUUUUAUUUUAAGAAAUAAUAUACCAAGCUAGAUAUAAGAAAUCUGGCCGUUAAAUCCUUUUUUUUUUUGUGUUAUUUUUGUGUUAUUUUUUUGGGCUGAGCUCCCUUUUCUGGUACAGCUCUUUAGAGCUAACAAAGCACACUGGGUUUUGUUGCCUUGGCAAGUCUGCAGAAACGCAGAGUGAAGACAGUGACAAGGAAGGAUCUACUUUAAAAUGGAUGACUCCAAAUGAAGUCGCUUGUGGUGGCUGGUCUUCUCAAGAUGAAUUCAUUUUAGCUGGUUACGUAUCAUCUCAUCUCGUCCCUUAUGAUCUUCAUGGGGGUCUUGGAUUCUGGUGUAGAAGUACUCUUGGACACAAGGUCAAGACCGAGGGACCAAUCUACCACACUAUUUUCUUUAUUUUAUUUUAUUUUUUUUUAUCGUAGCUUUUAUUUUCAGGGCCCAUGUCCACUGUGGCAUUGCUCGCCUGGUGCGAGGGAUUUAGAAAAGUAGGAAUUGGGGGCUCCAGGACUCUAAAAACAAAGUAUAUAUUUGACCAUAUCUGAGUUGUAGGAUGAAGAUGUUUGAAGGUUCUAUUUUUAUUUUCUAGUUCUUCUAGUGUAGGGAGGCACGUUGGAGAGAGUCUUCAUGGUGCCACAACUGAACUGAAUCUUUCUGUCCUGAAAAUAACAUUCAUUAUAAUGUUAAGCCUUUUGGACUUUCUACUAAACCAAUGUGGGGGAGAGAACUGUAUGUAACUUAAUGGUACUCUGUAUUAAUACAAAUUCUAAUUACUCAUGCCAUAGAGGAUGAGCCCCUACCCCAGGGCGCAAAGCUAAGACAUAAAGGUGGUGGAAAUGAACACGAUUGUAUCACACAAUGUAUACGGUGUUAUAGCUGGAUGAACGCAGGGUCGCUAAUGUUGGAUAAGAGGAUCAUUUUUACCUUGUGUAUACAUUAGUGCUGUUAGGGGUUUGCUCUGUUGUAUACAGUAUGUUUUCUAUUUGUUAAUAAAAUAAGAAAAUCAGUUAAAAAAAAGCCUACUAAUACAGCAUCUUUGCCGAAAAAAAAUCCUCAAUGUUAAUAAAUUUGAAUAAUUGGGUUUCCUAUAA